GGUUUUCUCUCUCACGCCUGCAUUUGGUACUUGCAUGUGGCUUCCUCUUACUCAGAUUCUCUCUACCCUGUCUCACUUUGCCUUGCCUUGCGAGUGUUAGGUGGCUAUUGUAACCCCGAGGAAAUAAACGGGAAACGAACCCUGUAGGUCUUGCGGGAACUCAAGCUAGCAGAGUUCUCGAGCAUUCAGCUCAGAGGUUGGAGCCAGAUGUGAUUGUCGAAGUUUCAAAUGUUUGUACAAGGAGGGAAGAGUAUUUAGGUGUGCGCCAACAAACGAGCGGGGUUCCUCCAGCGCAAGUUCUUGAACAAUGAUACUGUUCACGUGAAGCAUCUGGUUUGUUGUACUAGCUGUAAGGUUUUACUGGAGCCUAGAGAAAGAGAGAUUGGAAAUUGGUUGUAGGGAGACGAGGAGUAUAAGCUGAAGUCAUGUAUAACACAUGGGGAGGGCCCAUGGAAAUGGCCACGGAUUCGGGGGCGGAAGAUGAUACUCGUAGCAGGAACCUGGAUGUAGAUCGGGCCUCGGUAAAGAGCUUGGAGGAGACGCAGCAGAGCUGGCUGCUGGAGCCCAAAACCAAAAAGAAGAAGAAGGAGAUUGACCUGGGAUGUAUGGUCUGCAGCCGCAAGUUGUUCCUCAUCAUCUUCGGUACCAUCUUCGCCGCCAGCGCCAUUGUGGGUUUAUCAAUCCUCAUCUGGAAAGUGGCUCCUCGCAAGCACCAUCGCCCUCCACCCCUGGACAACUACACCGUUGCCUUGAAGCUGGCUCUAAAAUUUUUCGACGCUCAGAAAUCUGGGAGAUUGCCAAAAACCAACAACAUUUCCUGGAGAGGCACUUCUGCGCUACGGGAUGGACGGGAUGCAGUGGGUGGAAAUCCUACAAAUCUCAGUGGUGGUUUCUACGACGCUGGUGAUAAUAUCAAGUUUGGGUUUCCAGGUGCCUUUGCCAUGACUCUCUUGAGUUGGAGUGUGAUUGAGUACAAGGCAAAAUUCCAAGCCGCUGGAGAGCUCAACCACGUUAAGGAAAUCAUCAAAUGGGGUACUGACUACAUGUUAAGGACCUUCAACUACACCUCACCGAAUGUGGACUAUGUGUUUGCUCAGGUAGGCGAUGCAAACACGUCCGAUCCAAAUGACCACACCUGCUGGGAAAAGCCUGAGGACAUGGACUACCCUCGACCAGCGUAUGCAGUUAACUCUGGUCCAGACCUGGCUGGAGAGAUGGCAGCUGCCCUUGCAGCAGCCUCCAUUGUAUUCAAAGACUCCCCACAGUACUCCCGCAAGCUGAGGACCGGGGCAAUCAACAUCUGGACUUUUGCGAGAGACAAGGGCAAAAGGCAGCGCUUCGUUGCUAACAUUCCUGAGGGAGAAGUAGGGUUCUAUAAUUCUACCAGUUUCUGGGAUGAGUACAUUUGGGGUGGAGCUUGGAUGUAUUAUGCCACAGGGAACAACUCGUAUCUUCAGUUGAUAACAAACCCAUCACUUGCUAAGCAUGCAAAUGCGAACGGUGGCGGUCCAUUCUACGGCACGUUCAACUGGGACAACAAGCUCGCCGGUGCCCAGGUGCUUUUGUCCAGGCUUUUGAUAAUGAAAAGCCCAGGUUAUCCAUACGAACAGCUUCUCCGAGAGUACCAUAAUCAAACUGAAACCAUUAUGUGCAACUACCUUCCUCAGUACAAGAAAUUCAACGUUACGAAAGGGGGUUUGACAAUGUUCCUAUACGGGAAGGGCCAGCAACUGCAGUAUACAGUUGCUAAUUCCAUGAUAGCGUCACUGUAUGCUGAAUUCAUGAAGGCUGCUGCCAUUCCUGGGUGGAAAUGCAAGGGCGUCUUCUACCCCGCAGAAACCUUGAAUAACUGGGCAAGGUCACAGAUUAAUUACGUCCUUGGACACAAUCCCAUGAACAUGAGUUACGUGGUAGGCUACGGCAAGAAAUAUCCCAAGCAGGUGCACCACAGAGGUGCGUCUAUUCCAAAAUCUGCAGGAAGGGUUGGCUGCACCCAAGGUCACAAGUACAGGGACGCAAACUCCCCAAACCCCCACAUUCUAGAAGGGGCUAUGGUCGGUGGGCCAGACAAGUUUGAUAAGUAUAAAGACCGGCGCACGAACUACGAGCAAACGGAGCCGACUUUAGUUGCUAAUGCCGCACUUGUAGGGGCACUAGCAUCCCUCUCGACGGCGACGAAAACCGGAGUGGAUGCCAACACCAUCUUCAACGCCCUCCCUCCUCUGUUCCGUGCUCCUCCACCAGCACCUGAACCCUAGACGGUCGGACCUGAAGAAAUGAAUCAUAGCAAUCGAUCGAACAGAGCAAACAUCCUCAUCUCUCUUGGAACCGAUGCCUUUCCUCAGGAAGGUGACGACCUAUAUGUUCCCCUGCUCGUAAAAUUUGACAUUACCCCUUUUUUCUAUGUAGCUGCGUGUGGCAGGGUAGAAGGGUGCGAUAUGGAUUUCUAGGAUAGCAUCAUGGGCAUUUGGGGAGCUCUGGAGGGGGGAACUGAGGAUUGAGAAUAGAAAAGGGCGCACGAGAUGGGCAGUCGGUUGAUAAUGACCUAAUUCAUGAAAUGGUUGUAGAUGGUAGGAUAUACACAGGCCCCGUCCUGGAGGGCGAUUUUUUUCUCUGUUUCUUUUGCUAUCCCCAAUCUUCAUCCCCCCCCCCUUUAUUUUAUUUUUCGCUUCUUGCCUUUCCACCGUGACGUCUGCUGGACGCGUUCUAUCAGGGCUCAAGCAAAGUUGUGGCCCUUCAAAUACCUCAGUGUUUAUGCUUAGUUAAUUAAAUCGGGAAGUUGUGUGCACGAAUUUAAGCAAAGUUUGAUCAAGCUUAUGUCAUAGUUUCUGUUCAGAGAUGAUUGAUUUGCAAAUCGAUCUACAUCUGGCUAAAGUUUGGGUAGCAUUUAGUGCAUCUUUGACAUGGCCAGAAACGCAGUAUUCUGUUUUGCUGGUUAACAUGGACGAGACUGGAGAGGAAUUGAUGUUUUUGACCAUCUCUUUGAAAGUGGGAAAUUUGCAAUGUAAUAGUAUAUACGUACGGGUAGCUCCAUUUACUUGUUUCAAA